UCUUGACACCGGUGCUGAGUGGCUCGCUGAGCCCAAUCUCUAACGGAGAGUAGGAGUAUCGCCCCGGCGGACAGUUGCGGCAGCCUUCUGGCUCGGAUAUUUUUCAUUUUCUGGAUUUAUACAUCGCAGAUAAAUUCCGGGAUGCCUUCGAAUAAAAAUGUCCAAGGGGGGAAAGCCUUUGGACUGUUAAAGGAGCAGCAGAGGCAAAAACUGGAAGAAAUAAACAAGGAAUACCUGGAGGACCAGAAAUACAGGGAUGAAGAGGACCUGGCCGAAAAAUUGGAAGGUCUAAAAAAUAAAUAUGCUGAGUUUGACCUGAAUGACCAAGGAGAGAUUGAUCUGAUGGGUCUGAAGCGGAUGAUGGAGAAGCUGGGGGUGCCCAAGACCCACUUGGAAUUGAAAAAAAUGAUUGUCGAGGUGACGGGCGGCAGCAGCAACACUAUCAACUACAGGGACUUUGUCAAGAUGAUGCUGGGCAAGCGUUCAGCUGUGCUCAAACUAGUCUUGAUCUUUGAAGACAAAGCCAAUGGCUCUCCCUGCAAGCCAGAAGGACCCCCUCCAAAGCGGGACAUUGCUAGCCUGCCUUAAGUGUAGAUGUCCGCCUGCGGACUGCUAGUGGAGCAGAGGGACCAUCAGUGGUUGCCCGGAGUUGAACCGUUUUCGUAACAUGUGGAGUGUCGUAUUAGUGUGGGACCAGUGAUUGAGGAUGUUAUUUUGUGAAUAUACGGUGUGUGCAAGGUGUCUGUUAUUUGGAAGACUGAGACCACAACUCACUAAAUGAUGGUUGACUGUGAAUAUUAUUAUUCAUCCUUUUUCCUUCAUUAAGAUGUAGCAUUAAUAGUUGUACAUGUAAUCUGCUUGAUAAAUUAAAUUUUGUAGUAAGUGUUUCAUGUUUAUAUUUUAAGGGAAGACUCAGAAUUCUCUGGAGGUUGAUCCCCCCCCCCCCUUCCUUCCUUGUUUCUUCGUGUCAUUUUUGUGACGCAUUAAUUUCAACAAUGUGAGAGUAGGAUGCUUUUGGAUAAGCACAAGUAAAAGAAGCAGUUCUUCCAUCACAUGUUUGCACUGUCCUCAGUGGUCUGGCAUGGACCCCUGCCAGGCUAAUCUUGAUCAGCAUCUCACUUUUGAUCAGGCGCCAGAGAUUACAGGCCCGGCCCAUUUCCUCUGGGUAAAAGUCAUUGGCCCAUGGAGCCAAAAUACUGAUCUGGAAUCAGUAACUAGGUUAACAUGGUCACCUCACGAUCUGAAAAACCUUUUUGUAGAUGCUUGUUGAAUAUUUACUCACGCUGAGAUAAGAAUAAGAGAACAGGUUGACCUUGGGACUUUCAGUUUCAUUAUGUUGCUUGAAGAGCAGCCAAUUUGACUCACUUUUAGAUCUGUAAGGAUAAGCACAGGUUAAAUUUGGAAGGAGUGUGAUUUACAGGCACACAAGCAGAACAAAUGUACAUAAUAUACUACACACAGUACAAUCAUAUUCUUUCCAAGUGCCUCAACAUGCAGAUACUGUAGAGCUUAGACAACACAGAUUGAAAAGGAGGGAGUGCGCACAGGUGUUCAGUUCAAGCAGUUUUCUUAGCUUACUAAUUCCAGAAAACCAUGAUAUAAUGUUCUUUGGUAUUUGGUAAGACAGUCUUAAUGAUAUUCUUUGAAUUAUAUUGAUGCAGUGUUUAUUAUUGGUUUCCACAACAUUCUGAGUGAGUGAAGUACACAAAUUAUAGAUUUUUGUGUAGGUUCUAUGAUUUUCCCUUUUCUUACCAUUAUUGUCUUUAUGUCACUGCAUAAUUUAACCUGUUUAUUGGGUGAUUUAACUGUUUAGAUGAUCCUAUAUUGUCUUACAAUUCAUACGUGUUAUUCAUUUCUCUUUGCUAUGGAUUCAUCUUUCUCCCCCAUAUUAUUUUUGCAUCGGCCAGCCAUCUCCCGGUUUAACUGGGUUAAUCGUCCUGUGAAUUCUGUAAUUUGUGCCUCAGUGUUUGUCUCUCCAGUUUAAACUUUUCCUGUAACUCACACUAUUUACUGUGAAUUUGCUACUUGUAGUAGUUUUAACACAGACAUCAUGUUUUAAACUUUUUUUUAUUUUAUUUUCAGUCUAAUACGUAUAUUACAUCUUUUAGUGUUGUUGAGAUGCACAUUGUUUGCAGACACCAAAGGAAUUAAAAUUCUUCUUAAACUGGCCUGUUAAGUUUUUAAUUGUUUAUUGCAGUAAUGGAGAUCUCUGUUAAACUGAAGUAACAUCUUCUGUUUGGGUGAAUAAUGACAGGUAGAAAACAGAUUUCCAAUAUAUUUAUAGCAGGAUAUGAAGUCCUACGUUUAGAGAGAGAUUAGAUGCAGUAAUGUUAUUUACUGUAGCCUCUCGUCUUGCACAGUACAUUGAAUGGUGAGAUUCGCAAUCCAUCAAGCUAGGGGCAUUUUUAAUAAAGAAUCCAUGUGUUGCAAAAGAUCACAUUUAAUGUAAGGGUAAAACCUUUGCAUUAUCAAUUUUGCAGUUGAGCAAAAUCUGACACUCAGUUUUGCAUCUUCAACUUUUCAGUUUUUUUUCACACAUAAAGAUAAACGGCUUGUGAGAAAUCGCUGGCUGUAACUACUAGAUGAGUGUUUUCAUUCCAUAUUUUUUUUUUCCUGUCAUUAAAUGUUCAUGUUGCGUAAUGUAUGUGCAGCUGUAUGCAUACAUACUCUUGAGCAAUAAAAAUUUUUUCAUGAAAAAGUCAAUAGCU